CUUAUCGGGCCAGGGGCCUGGCCCACUCCGUCAAUGGGGAUAUGCUUUUGUGAGUUUCCAUCCUAUGGGUGGGCCGAGUCUUCGACUCUAUCUGGUGACUGGUCUUAUUAGGUAGCAUCGCCCAGUUGAACCUCUUCCUCUUAAUAAAUAAUAAUUAAUUUUUUUAUUUAUGAUUUAGCUGUCUAGCUAUAAAAAACCAAGUUAGUUGGAUUAUUUGAAGAAAAAGUUAAGAAAACAACCGGACUUGAACGCCUGCGCUGCGCCAGUUCCGUCCGCCCGCCUUCGUUGGCCUUUACCUACCGCCGCCUUCUGCUUGCAAUCGACUAGAAGAAGCAGCCAUGGAUUCCGAUUUCGGCAUUCCGAGAGAACUAUCACCACUUCAGCAACUCCGAUCUCAGUAUCAGCCGGAGCUCCCUCCCUGCCUUCAGGGAACAACUGUGAGGGUGGAAUUUGGAGAUGGUACCACAGCAGCUGAUCCAGCUGGGGCCCACACCAUAAGUCGAUUCUUCCCUCACACAUACGGCCAGCCUUUAGCCCACUUCCUUCGGGCAACUGCACAAGUUCCUGAUGCUCAUAUCAUCACUGAACAUCCACCUUACAAGGUCGGACUAGUCUUCUGUGGAAGGCAGUCCCCAGGUGGGCAUAACGUCGUAUGGGGCCUUCACAAUGCUCUCAAGGCUCAUAAUCCCAACAGUGUGUUGCUCGGAUUCCUGGGUGGCUCCGAGGGAUUGUUUGCACAAAAAACUCUUGAAAUCACGGACGACGUUCUCACUACCUACAAAAAUCAAGGUGGUUAUGAUUUGCUGGGAAGGACCAAAGAUCAAAUACGAACAACUGAACAAGUUAAUGCUGCAUUGGCUGCCUGCACAGACCUUAAGUUGGAUGCCCUUGUUAUCAUUGGAGGGGUUACAUCAAAUACAGAUGCUGCUCAACUUGCUGAGACAUUUGCCGCUGCUGGGUGCCCAACCAAGGUGGUUGGUGUCCCUGUUACUUUGAAUGGAGAUCUCAAGAAUCAAUUUGUGGAAGCUAAUGUUGGGUUUGAUACAAUAUGCAAGGUUAAUUCCCAGCUGAUCAGCAAUAUGUGUACCGAUGCUCUUUCUGCUGAGAAGUACUAUUAUUUUAUUCGGCUAAUGGGUCGUAAAGCUUCUCAUGUUGCCUUGGAGUGCACUCUUCAAUCUCAUCCCAAUAUGGUCAUUCUUGGUGAAGAGGUAGCAGCAUCAAAACUUACCCUUUUUGACAUCAGUAAGCAGAUUUGUGAUGCAGUCCAAGCCAGAGCAGAACAAGAUAAAAACCACGGUGUUAUUCUGCUACCUGAGGGUCUAAUUGAAAGCAUUCCUGAGGUGUAUGCACUACUGAAGGAAAUACAUGGUCUGCUCAGGCAAGGCAUUACAGCUGAUAAAAUUUCAUCUCAACUUUCACCAUGGGCAUCUGCUCUGUUUGAGUUUUUGCCAAUAUUUAUCAAGAAGCAGCUGCUUCUUCACCCGGAAUCUGAUGACUCUGCUCAGCUGUCCCAGAUUGAGACAGAGAAACUAUUGGCACAUCUUGUGGAGGUAGAAAUGAACAAGCGCCAGAAAGAAGGCACAUACAAGGGCAAGAAAUUCAAUGCCAUCUGCCACUUUUUUGGUUAUCAGGCUCGUGGAUCUUUACCAUCGAAGUUUGACUGUGACUAUGCCUAUGUUCUUGGCCAUAUCUGCUACCAUAUUCUUGCGGCUGGUCUAAAUGGUUACAUGGCAACUGUUACUAACCUCAAGAACCCUGUGAAUAAAUGGCGUUGCGCUGCUGCCCCAAUCACAGCAAUGUUGACAGUGAAUCGAUGGGCUCAAAGUCCCGGUGCACCUUCAAUUGGAAGACCUGCCAUUCAUCCAGCUACUGUUGACUUGAAUGGCAAGGCAUAUGGGUUGUUGAGACAAAAUGCAGUGAGAUUUUUGUUGGAUGAUCUGUACAGAAACCCGGGACCGCUACAGUUUGACGGUCCAGGGGCAGAUGCCAAAGCUGUGACUCUGUGCGUUGAAGACCAAGAUUACAUGGGCAGAAUCAAGGCACUGCAGGAAUACUUGGACAAGGUUCGUACCAUAGUAAAACCAGGUUGUUCGCCUGAAGUUCUGAAGGCUGCUUUGAGUGUAAUGGCUUCAGUGACAGAGGUUCUUACCACCAUGUCAUCAACUCCAUCCAAUGGCCUCAUCUCCCUGUAGAGAGAACGUCCUUUUUUUUGCAUUUGGGGUUGGAGUUUUGGAAUUGACUGACUGAAUGAAUACUCUAUUUUUGUCUUUUCUUUUUUCAGAGAUACAAAACUUGUUUUGAUGUAUUUAGAUGAUGCUGAAUUGCUGAUGGCAGUCUGAGUAGAGUUUUACUUCACUGUCUUGCCUUUUUGGGUGGUAAUAAAAGCAAAGGAAAUGAAGCUCGUUGUUUAUCUUAGCAUUUAGAUUCUGCAUACUUGAAUGGUGAUUUGGGUGAGUGUAUAGAAGGCAAAAGGAAAUGAGAGACGUAUUAAUAAUUUAACUAGAUAUGUUUGCUAGGUUGCACUCUGCGACGAGUUGAGGAUAGUACUGUAAUUGUAUCGUAUGAAAUAAUUAAUAAAAUGCAACUUAUACGACAUAAUUCCAAGACCGGCAAAAAAAAAAUUACUUAGAUGGUGAUGCUUUUGGAGAGAAUUUGUAGUAAUGUGCACUCGCUGGCUAAUAAAGUUACAAAUUAGCGGAUGACAAUUUACAUAUUUGGAACUGAACAACUAUUACAGCAUUUGAAACCAAAUACGAACAAUAUGCCACUUUCAGUCUCUUCAAUUGGGUGAGAGAUUUCUCCAUUGCCUUUCUAUCUGAAUUCGAGCUAGGGACAUGUGUAACAAUACAAAUCCAAGUACGAACAAAGAUGACUAUUUCAA